CUGAGUUUGUUGCUUCAACUGAGUUCACAGAGUUCUCGUGACGGCCGCACGACCACUUUGGGGCGACCAGGAGGACCAGGAACAAAACACUUUCAACCAAGUGGCACUGGCCAGCAAAGCCUCCGGGAAGCCUUCAACCAUCUUCAACCUAACACCUCUUCAGAGCAGCUGGCAGAGCAGCUCGACCAAGCCUUCGCCGCCCCACCGAUGCCAUGGAUCACCCUGACCGGUCGGUGCGUGGUCCAGUCGUUGCAGCCGCACUGCCAGCGUCAGCACCAAGAGCAUUGAGACGGUGCAGGGCGGGAGCGUUCUGUACCAAGCGUCUUCACCUUCCCAGCGCUGCAUCGGGCGUGGCCGUCUUCGCCGCGACGGGGCGCCGCGUGGCGCGGCGACGGGCGCGGCGAGCCGCGACGGUGCGGGAAGAGGCUCAAGGCGCCGCGCCGGCGGAGCUGAGCCACGCGACGCGGGUAGUGGCAAUCAGCGACACGCACGGCUUUCACCGGCGCUUCCCGCGCCUGCCGGAGGGCGACGCCUGGCGUGUGGAAUCCAUGUGGAAGAGUUGGGCUUUUGGGACGGUAGCGAGGCCUAGCUCUUGCGGGGUUUGGAUUGCCAGCGCGAGACGAGCAUCUGAUCUUUUGAUCCACUGUGGAGAUGCUCAAGGCAACAGCGGCUCUGAUCUGGCAGACUUUGUGGAGUGGUUUCGACAACAAGACUUUAAGCACAAGAUCUUUGUGAGGGGCAACCACGAGAAAGGCCGCGAGUGGAAAGACCGUUUGGGCGCGGUCUACCUCCGUGGGGCCACUCACUGUGGAAAGCUGAAGCUCUUUGGGAUUCCCUACCAACCCGACGGUUUCAUGCAAAUGGCCUACUCCAAGCAGAUCCCAGAGCAAUUGGAUUUGCUGGUCACGCACGAGCCACCGCACAAAAUGUUGGACUACGCCUGGGCAUCCAGUUUCCGGCAGGAACACAUCGGCUCCAAGACGUUGAAGAGCGCGCUGGGCCGGUUGGCCCACAAGAGCCGCAUCAACAAAAGGAGGUUGUCACCUCGUGUGCACUUAUUCGGCCACGUUCAUGAAGGUCGUGGGAAAUUGGAGAAGAAUGGCACCUUGUUCCUCAACGUGUCAAAUGCGAACCCUGGCAUGGCACGCACCCUCCAGCAUCCCUGUGUCGUGCUGGAUAUAGCAACUGAUGGAUCUGGAGACGUGCGCGUGGUGAGCAUGUGAAAAGACUCGAUGGACGCAAGGGUGUUAACUGGUUCUUCCGGGAACGGGGAUGUGUUUGUCUUGGAAAUCCGGUGGUUGGGUCCGACUUGUGCAUAAGAACCUGGAGUCGACCCGGAAACAAACCUCUUGA